UUAAAGUAUUUCAUUUUAUUUUAAUCAUGUUGAACUUUUCUAAUGAUCAGAUGCCGCCCCGUAGAGAACCCGACCGUCCUGUUGUUUCUCAGGCCACGGUAGUCGCACAGUUCCGCGACUACCACCCUGAGAAAUUUUCCGGCCAGGGAGAUCCGCGUAUCGUUGAUGAGUGGGUUCAGGGCCUUGAAUUGAUUUUCAAGGUCAUGGACUGUCCAGAUCGCUAUCGCGUUACUUGCGCACAGCUUCAGUUAACCGAGCGGCAGUUUCUGUCGCUCAAACAGGGUACUCAUUCUGUUGAUGAGUACGAGAGAGAGUUUACCAGACUCAGAGCCUUUGUUCCAGACUUGGUGCGUACUGAGGCACAGCGGGCACAGCGUUUCACUAACGGGCUUUACCCAGCAGUCCGUCAUAACAUUGUAGGUCACGGAAAUCAGACGUACGCUCGUACUGUUUCCAUUGCCCAGGAGGUGGAUGCCAGCAUUCGGAGGGAGGCUAACCGCGAUCGUCCUCAAUCAGCUGCCCCAGCCCAGUCACCUACAGCCCCACCAGUUCCACCGACUGCUGCCCAGCCAACGAAAGACCAGAAGAGGAAGGGGAAAGUUUCCCAGACGGACAGGAGGACACGACAGAGGCCACAACAGAUUCCACAGUGCCCCACUUGCGGACGACUUCAUCGCGGAGAGUGUCACAUGGGCCAGGAUAUUUUUUAUUACUGUCAUGAGCCCGGAUAUUUUGCUAACUGUUGUCCGAAGAAACUCCAGCAGCAGCCACAGCAGCAGCAGCAGCCCCGACAACAGGCCCAGAGUCCACCCCAGCAACAGCAGAGGGGCAGACAGCAGGCUCGUGUUUAUGCAGUUGAUCAGGCAGAGGCAGAACAACACCCAGGUACUAUGUUUGGGAUGCUUAUGCUUAAUGACAUUCCUGUCUUCGCCUUAUUUGAUACUGGAGCGACUCAUACUUCUAUAUCACGACAAUGUCUCGAUGCCAUCAGAGUUCAAGUCAGUGCCGCUGUCGAUCCUCUCGAGGUGAGUUUAGCCUCGGGACGAAAGAUAGUGACUUCAGCCAGAGCCACAGACCUCAGUCUUUCUAUCGGUGGCCGUAUAUUGUCUACCGACGCUUAUGUUCUCGAGAUGAGGGAGUUUGACCUCAUACUCAGCAUGGAUUGGCUAACAC